UGUCACUUUCUUUGCAAUAACAUUUUACAAAUUUUACUUACUAUAAAACUUGAUAUAAUUCAACAAAAUUUUCGUAAUUUUAACAUGUUAGACUCUGGUGGAACCUCUUUAAGAUCCGAUAUAAAUACAACUGUCGCUAGAAGAUGGGAACAAGCGUCGCGCCCGGUCAAACGCUCGCAAUCUGCCAGUCCUAACAAUUUAAAUGCACGGAGACAAAAUGUACAGAAGAAACUUAUUGCUGGCAAAAGGCAUCGUAGUAUGUCCCCUACAAAUGUGGCUAAGAAGGCAGAGGAUAAGUUGCGCCCGGCAUCACCAGUACAUUUACACACUGAAGAUGAUUAUGCUAACAUAACGUUGACUGAGACAGAAAAAGACGUACUCUUGCCGCCGACGGUUAUAUCAAAAACUAUGCGUUCGUACGCCGGCAAGAGAAGGGAGUUCAUUAAGCUGCGUAAGAAUGUUAUAAGUCAACAGAAUAUGCUGAUAGAAACGUAUGCAUCAUUGAAAGAGAUAGAGGCAAGGUGUGGAAUAAACGACAAUAACCUCGGGGACCUUAGACUGCUCUCGAUAUCUGGUUGGCAGGCGAACGAUCUGCUUGUACUUUUAAGAAAUGACAUAGCGUCUUUACAGAGUAUGGAAAUUAAUGAAGGAUUCGGGCCACAAAUGUUGCGACGGCUGCAUUCCCUGCUCAGUGUUAUCCCAGACGAGGUGCGUGCGGUGAACUCGGAGAUCAUGAUACGUCGCAACGAGAUCUUACAGCUGUGGCGCUCCAAGUCCCGGCCUGAACGACUUAGCAUGCAUGCUAACACCGAAUGGAAGAACAAAAACGCUGAAUUUGAAUCACAAACAGAGAAUAUAAAGAAACUGGUAGUGUCAUUGACAGAUAAUAUUAAGACAAAAAUAAAGCAGUCCUUUGAUGUGGCUAAAAUGCCUUGGAUUGACCGGGAAAAUUUAAUAAAGAAAGUGGAACGUUUACAAAAUGAAAAUUUAAUUUUGCAAGAUAAACUUGAAGAAAAAUCUAAAAAAGAUGGCGAAGGACAAGAAGUUGGAAAGGCGGAAGACCUAUCUAAAUAUGAGGCAUUACAAGAACAGUUAAACAAAGAAAAAUCAGCAAAAGAAAGUUUAAGAGAAAUAGUAUCAACUGCGGAAAGCAUGCUGCGCGUCGCACGAAGUCGGAUCGUGAAUUUGGAAAAGCAGGUCAAGGAAGGGAAGACGGAACUGGACGCAGCGAAACGCAAGCAGAAGGAAUUGGAACAACUAUAUCGUCAUCGUGAACUGAGCUACGAUACGCGGUCGAAGAAAUUGAUAGAGCUCUCCAAAACUGGGGAAAUGACCAUCGAGGCCUUAUCACAGCAGAGGGAUGCCCUUGAACUACGUGUGAAGGAGCUACGUGAGCAACUAGAGAUCACUGAAAACGCUGUUUCCGAGAGGGAAGCCAAGCAAAGGAACCGCGCUGACACGCUUCAAGCCAAGUUAACAGAAAAGGAGAAAGCACAAGCAGAAGCUGAAAUGCGUGCAACCGCACUUCAAGAUCGAGUCAAAGAUUUGGAGAAACAGUUGUCUGUUAUUCAAGAACGAUGUACAAAGCUUCUAAACAUAGAAAAAGAACACUGUCUCGACUACUUACCUUCUAAAGAAGGCGAGCCUUCUGACGGGGAGACUGAAAUAUGGAAAGAACUGCAGGACACGCGCGCCGCACUUGUCAGGGUGGAGGAGGAAUUGCGACAGACUCGCACUGAUAAAGAUAACUUUUUAAAUUCAUUAUCAAGAAUUGCACAAAUAGAAGGUGAUAACGAUAACAAAAUGGCUACUGAGUUAUUGGACAGGGAACAGAGAAUAGCAAAACUACAAUCCAUUAUCGACGAACAGCGAGCGAAUGAGAAGAUAAUGGAGCAAAGUAUGUCAGAGUAUGAGACUCAAUUAGCGGCUUUGCGUCUUGAAGUCAAGCGCUUAAGGAAUUACGACUGUUACUCUAGGGAUACUCCCUACCAGGAUCUUAGAACUGAGUUGUUAGAGAUGCAAAUGCAAGUGGCGACUCUUAGCCGCGAGCGGUCUGCACUAGUAACGGCGGCGGCGUCACGCGCCCUCAUGCUGGAGCGGUACGAACGCGCGGCGGACAUGUUUGCCAAGGUUACGCGUGCGCGUCGGGACCUCGCGGCACAACUCGAGGGACAGCAAGAGCCUAAAGAGUUUGACGGAGCUACGACGUCGCAAGUUGUGUCAUCUCUAUGCCAAGACGCAAACGACACGUGGUCGGCAUUGCAAACGGAGCGGGCUAGGGUGCUCCAGCUGGAAAGCGCCAUCUUGAUGCAGAGCCUGCAGUUGGAGAGGGAGGGCAAGGUACGGACCCAAUUGGAGAGACGAAAGGCUAUGCUGGAAAGACAAAUUCUUCGUCUUGUGGGCCCCGGAUCCCAAAACACCCUUUUGUCUGAUCAGUCAUUAUAAAUUUAUAUCAAAAUUAAAAAAAAAAGUCGUAUUUCCAGGUUUCUCUUUCCUUACUUUUGCUUUAAAAAUUCAUUACCAUUUAAUCUUAUCCUACUAAAAUUUAUUGUAAUAAAGUCAAUUACGGU